UGGGCUUACAUGACAAGCAGGCAAGGCCAGCGGCGUGAGCGAACUAUAUAGGGCGGGGCAGUUAGCUGUAGCCUUUAGCUAGCUUAAGAGAAGGGAGAUCAUCACAUGGAACUUGCCGGGACAUGGAGGAAGGUGAUGCCUUUCAUGGCCAUGGUCUUCCUCCAGUUCGGCUACGCUGGGCUGUUCCUCAUCUCCGUCGUGUCGCUGCGGCAGGGCAUGAGCCACUAUGUCCUCGUCGUCUACCGAAACGCGGUCGCCGCCGUUGUCAUGGUGCCGUUCGCGCUCUGGUUUGAGAGGAAAACAAGGCCCAAAAUGACCCUCUCAGUGUUCUUCAAGAUCCUUGCUCUGGGACUACUUGAGCCCGUGCUUGACCAAAACUUCUUCUACAUGGGAGCCAACUACACAUCUGCAAGUUUCUCGUCAGCACUCACCAACAUAUUGCCUGCUGUAACUUUUGUAAAUGCCAUCAUACUCAGGAUGGAGAGAAUAAACAUCAAGGAGCGUCGGAGCCAGGCUAAGAUUGCCGGCACGGCCAUAACAGUCGGUGGUGCGCUGCUCAUGAUGCUCUUCAAGGGCCCUAUUGUCAACUUCCCAUGGACCAAGCACGUCAGCCACGCCGUCUCCGACAGCGGUGCCCACAACAGCGGCCACUGGCUCAUGGGCAUCUUCAUGAUCCUGUUAAGCUGCUUCUGCUGGUCUGCCUUCUUUAUACUCCAAUCAUACACGUUGAGAAGUUACCCAGCUGAGCUCUCCCUGACCACGCUGAUAUGCGCCAUGGGCGUCGCACAAAGCGGUGCUGUCGCCCUAGUCAUGGAGCACGAUACCAAGGCUUGGUCGAUCGGGUUCGACAUGAGGCUCUUCACGGCUGUCUACUCUGGCAUAAUGUGUUCAGGGGUUGCUUACUACGUGCAGGGGAUAGUGAUCAAGGAGAGGGGCCCGGUAUUUGUCACUGCUUUUAGCCCUCUCUGCAUGAUCUUAGUGACUGUGCUAGGCUCCUUCAUUCUUUCUGAGGUCAUCACCUUGGGAAGGGUGAUUGGUGCGUUAAUCAUUGUUAUUGGCCUCUACGCUCUUAUUUGGGGCAAGAACAAGGAGCAUGUGAAUCAAAUUGAUAAGGAAAACAAUUUUGAGAAGCAAAAGACUUUGGAGCUACCAUUCUCAACUACUGACGUAAACAAAACGAGCAGUCUCGGCAACAUUUAGGAGUUACUGAAGCAGCGUCAAGGAAUGAUUGAGGCAACCUGGCGACUUCAGUGUGCGUGUCUCCUGAUGUUUGCUGUUUUUUUUUUCCUUGGCUAUGUAUCGCACCCAUUGAUGUAAGGCUAGUAGCCUAGCAUGUAGUAUGUAUGUCGUCUAAUUGUUGUACAAGGUGCAAUGUUAGGCCGCUAUCGCUCAUUCUGCAAAUUUAUGGAACUGUCAAAUAAAACCACUAUAUAUUUUUGUUGA